AUGGGAAGAACAAGCCAAGCUGUGCUAAUAAUUUCGUAUGUGUUAAUGACUGUUAAAGCUUUUGAAACGGAGCUGAUACCUGCUGACAGAAUUGCUGCACAGAUUGGAAAAACAGUCAUACUCACAUGCAAUAGCACUGGCUGUGCAUCACCAAGGUUUUCCUGGAGAACCCAGAUGGACAGCCCCCUUGGAGGAACAGUGAACAACUAUGGGACAUACUCUACCUUGACUAUGAAUCCAGUUAGCAUUCUGAAUUCUCAUGCUUACCUGUGUACUGUCUUCUGUGCUAAGGAAGAGAAAAAAGAGAAGACUGUCAAAGUUGAACUUUACUCUUUCCCCAGUGAUCCUGUCAUUGAGAUCAGUCCACCAGUUGCUGGAGAACCAGUCACGAUCACCUGUAGAAUUCCUGAGGUGUAUCCUUCUGAUCGACUGGAAGUACUCCUGAAGAAAGGGGAAGACCUUCUUCAUACAGAAAAUUUUUAUGGAGAUAGCAACACAAAUACAGAGAACAAAACUGUGACAUAUUCAUUUAAUCCUACGGCUGGAGAUACUGGGAAAGAGAUUACCUGUGUGGCUAAAUUACCAAUUGAUGAUAUGGACUUUGAACCGAAAGAGAGAGUAACUUCUCAGAAAUUGAAUAUAAACUUUGGUCCACAAAAUACUAUCAUUACUGCAUCUCCAGGCAACUCGCCAAUGGAAGGAGACUCUGUAACCCUCACUUGUGUGACUGAGAGUAAUCCACCAGCACAAAUAGUUUGGAGAAAACAUCUGGCUGAUGAAAGCAUUCAGCAUCUGAUAGAAAAUGAUGUCCUUUCUAUUCCCCAUGCCCGUUUCUCUGAUUCAGGACUGUACAUGUGUGAAGUAAUUAAUCUGGUAACUAAUAAAACAGAGAAAGCAACCAUGGACAUUGUUAUACAAGGUGCCCCAAACAUCACAGAACUCUCCAUUGAGCCUUCUACAACAGUUCAAGAAGGAGAAAAAGUGUCCAUACAAUGUUCUGCUGAGAGUAACCCUCCUCCCAAGAUUAUUUUAAGGAGAAAAUCUGACGGCGCAGACAUGGGGCCUUACAGUGAGGGGAGAACUCUCCUCCUUCCAUCUGUGACAUUCCUAAAUGGAGGAGACUAUGAAUGUAUAGCAGAAAAUAAGUUUGGGAAAAGUAAGCGUGAAAUAACAUUUAACGUGGAAUAUGGGCCGAAGAACACAAUGAUCUCUGUUAUCCCUGCUACUGCUGUUAAAGAAGGGGAAACCGUGACAAUGAAAUGUCAUUCUUCUGGUAAUCCAGCUCCAGUGAUCUCUUGGAAGAAAAAAAAGGCUACUGGGGAGUCUCAGAAAAUUUUUCAAGGUGCAGUUUUAACUAUACAGAAUGUAACAAGUCAAGAUCUGGGGCUCUAUGAAUGUGAAGCUUAUAACCAAUUUGGCAAAGAAGAAAAAGCUGUGAAAUUACUUGUUCAAGUUCCUCCACAAAAUAUUACUGUGUUAGUAUAUCCAUCAGAAAAUGUCAAAGAAGGAGAAAAUGUCACUAUUGCAUCUAGCACAGACAGUAACCCAUCAUCACAGAUGGUCCUGAAAAAAGUCCAUCAGGAGAAAGAAAUUAUUCUGCCAUCAGCGAACGGAACCUUUAUACUCUACAAUGCCACCAAAAAUGAUACAGGCAGAUAUUUGCUUGAUGUUUUCAAUGGGGUUGGAAACAACAUCAAAGUGAUUGAGAUAGCUGUUGCAGGUAGGAAGACUGGGAAAACCAGAUCAAAUGAUAGCACUGAUUAUUGCGUUUUCCUGUGUAACAGCAAUAGUAGUACCUGGAAUUGCAAUUUUGAUCUACGUGGCAAGAAAAGCAAAGAUAAAUGGAUCCUACAGUCUUGUAAAAGCACUCAGGCUGAAAGUGUGAUCGCAUGA